AUGAAUUAUUCAAAUUUAAUAUUAUCAAUAAAUGUUUUGUUAUUAUUUUUUAUUACAACAUUAAAUUGUCAAUCAAUCUUUAAAUCAAUUAUUCAAACUCGAAGUAAUGUUGAAAUUGAAUUAACUCAACCUUUAUAUUUAUUUAAUAUAACAAGUUUAGAUAAUUUAUAUUAUAAUUAUGAUUUUAAUGGUACAUCCGUUUUAAAUUCAUGUAUUUUUAAUUCAAAUUAUUUUUCUUUGAAUUUAUCAAAAUUAAAAAAUGUUGAUCACAGUUUUCCAGAUCAUUAUAGCCAAUAUGAGCACCGUUUUUCUAUUUGUUCAAAUCUAUCUUCCUAUAGAAGUCAAUCUGGAUUAAUAUAUAGGGGGAGUUUUUAUACAACUGGAAAUUUGAACACAGAAGAAUUUGAAUUUGGUAAAUUUGGUUUUGACGAUUAUGCAUUGAAAUUAAGAUAUAACAGUAAUAAUAAUAAUAUUUGCGGAUAUUCCACUAGAAAUUAUUAUUUUCAAUGUGAUGAAAAUCAAGAAUUUAACUUUACUGCACCAUCUGUAAAUUUUUAUGAUUGUUAUGUAAAUGUUUAUAUUAAAACAAAAUAUGUAUGUCCAUAUAAAAAUACAAAAAGAACAUCAAUUAAAUAUUCAUUAGUUCAACCAAAUAUUUUACGUUUUACACUAGAUGAAAAUUCUUCAAAAUUAAUUUCAAUAAAUAAUGGUGAAGCAAUUGAAGUUUUACCAAUUAAACCAAUAAUCAAUAGUUGUGAAAACAAUGGUGAUAUUAUUACAGUAAAUGGUGUAUUUUUUAAAAUUUUUUUAUCAGCAUAUAUAUUAAAUUUCGAAAGUAAACACAUAUUAAGCCAAUCAAAUAUAAUAUCAUUCAAUUCAACAACAUUGGUGGUAAACUCUACAGAUUAUGUUGAAAACUACUUUUUUAUUUCACUCUUUGAUUAUUCAUCUGACAGAUUUCCAAUUUUAAAACCACAACAGCAAAUGAAAUUAAACUCAUGGUGUGAUAAUGAUUUUAAUCUACUGUUCAUCGAUUGUACAAAUUGUAUUGGUGCAAAAACAAUAGGAUUGCCAAAUAAUUAUACAAAAUAUUCAUACUAUCCAAUCCAAUUGGACACUAAAGGAAUCAUUUUAAGUGGAAUUUAUUUAGAAGCCCCGAUUUAUCCAUAUAGACGAUCUGGUGCAUUACCGUUACCAACUAAUUUUCAAAAAGUUAAUAUCAGUGGCAAUGAAAUAUUUGGAUUUUAUGGUAAUUCAAUAGUAUCAAUAAGUGGCCAUUUUAUUCCAAAAAUAUACGAUAAUCAAGCAUAUAUUAUAGGAAAAUUAGAAUUUUUAAAUGGUACAAUAUGUAUAUUGGAUUAUAAUACUUUGAAUAAUAGUGUAUUAACACAAGGUAAAUUCAAUAUUCCAAGUGGUUAUGGUAAUGGUAAUUUUUCAAUUUAUAUUAAAGAUAAAUUGGUUCAUUCAAAUUUAUUUACCUAUCAACCACCAGUAAAGUGGAUUUCAUCAAUCACUCAAAAUCAAGAAAAGGUACAAUUACAUCUUUCAUUUCCAUUUUCUUUAUUUCCAAUAACAAGUAUUAAAUAUAAUGAUAAAAAUGGAAAUGAUUUAGACUAUACUUUAAUUGAACCAAAUAUCAUUUCAUUCACAUUAAAUACAUAUUCUACAAAUGUACUUUCAUUUAAUAAUGAUUAUCAUAUCGAAACUUUAACAAAUGGAUUAAACUUUCGUCCAAUUAUUUAUAGAUAUUCAAUUGAAAAUGGUAUUAUAAUAAUGGAGGGUCUCUUUGUAUCAAAAUUAUCAAAUUAUAAAUUUUAUUUAGAUGAUAGUAAAAUUGCUGUUUCUAGUGACCAAGUAACCUAUUUCGAUCGUUCAAGACUUAGUUUAGUUAUUAAUCAAUUCUCAUAUGUAUAUGUUUAUAGUGACGAUUAUUCAUAUACAAGGGUACCAGAUCUCACAAUUACAAGUGACCAAGACCAACUAUUGUUUACAUGUAGUAAUUGUUUAGGUGGAUAUAUCAAUAUAAAUGAACCACAAAGUAAUCAAGAUUCUCAAUUCUCUCAAACUGGUACAAUUGUAAAACAAUUUAAUACAAAUACAAUUUUUAAUAAAUACAAAAUUUUUACAUUUACUAAAGAUUCAAAAACAUUAGCUAUACAACCACCAUUACCUAAAAAUUUAACAAUUGAUGGAGGUUUAGCACAAUUUUCAACUUUCAGUAAUAAUACUAUUUUAGUUAGUUCUGAUUUCUUAUUGGAUAAAUACAAUGGCUAUGAUUAUACAGAUUUCCAACUUCAAUUUGAUAAUGGUACAAUUUAUUCACCAAAUAAACAAAUUUUAUCAAAAUCAGUUCAAAACUAUAUAUAUCAAUUAAAUAUACCAUUUGCAUAUGGAUCUGGUAAUUUUAGUAUAUUCAUUACUCUAGAAAAUGGUAGAAAGUUUAUAAUAAAUUCGACUCCAUUCAAUUAUCCAACAAAACCAAUAAUUAAUUCAAUAUCAAAAAUUAAAGAUGGAAAUCUUAAAAUAAAUGGAGAUGGUUUCCUUAAUAUAACUGUUGUUGGUUCUUUUAAAACAACAUUUAAAAAUAUAAUAACUGGUCUUUUUUCAGAUACAAUCGAAUGUCAUUCUCAAAUAAUUCAACAAAAUCAAAACAUUAUUUGCCAAUUUACAUUGAAUCAAAACUUAAGUUUAGUAUAUUCUCGUGAUGCUCCAAUUACAAUACAAAUUAAAAGCUCCAAAUUCUCACAGCACAAAUUUGAAACAGUUUAUACCCAAACUUUUUUUAAUAAUUCUAAUUCUAAUUCUAAUUCAAAUACUGAUCCAGAAAUGCUAAACAAUGAUAUUAGUUUACAUUCGGUUUUCUCCAAAUUGGUUGCAACUCUUUUUAUUAUAAUAUCAAUAUUGUUUCAAUAA